CAUUGGUUGCCACGGUAGAUUUAGAAGAUGCCUCGACCUAAGGCAGGCCGCGCACGUAAGGCAGGUGCACCUAAGGCAGGCGCACGUUCGCGCCCCUCGUCACCCCUUCCUGGAGCUGACACAGACACCGACCAACUCAGGUAUCUGGUGUCAAUGGUCAAAGAGCUGGAGUGCGUGUUGGAGUCAACAUUUGCAACAACUCAGGCCUAUGCACAUCGGAUCUGCCGCAACGUAGACAUGUGGUUCGACAACAUCAUCCGCACGGUGCCCAAGGAGGUGCUCGACCGUCCUUACAAGGAGGUCUGGGAGAACAUACCCCCGAACCCACAUCCAGACAUGCCCAUGGCGACUGCAUCGCUACCAAGCUCUGCUGGAUCUUCCGUUGCUGCAAGCACCUUUGCUGAUGGUGAAGCAUCAACCUCUAAACAGCUACACUCUUGCGUGGAAGCCACGGUUCCGGCCAGUAUAGAGACAGAGAAGGCAGGAAGCCAGGAUCGCGAGACCACCAGCAAGCCAUCACAGGUGCGGUGCAAAGGGAGCCCUCGGACUCCACUUGGACAACUCAGCAAACGUGGAAGGGCCCCAGUCAUUACACCUAAGUUUGAUAUCCGGCAAGUGCAGCUUUUCAUUCAAAACAUCAUUGAUAUGAAUGAUUGGCCUAAAACGUGA